AUGGAACUUGGAAUCCUCGUGGACGAAAAUUCAUUAAAAGCGAUAUCUCGAUUUGUCUUGCGCUGUGUUCAGGAGAAAUACUUGCCUCGUCUGGAUGUCGAAAACAUUGUUACAUUGGGUUUAAGACAACGGUUCUGGGCCUACUAUCGCAAUGUGUUGUCGCUGACAAGAUCCAGGAAAGUCCUUACUGCAACAUAUCAUGAACACAUCCGACCGGUGAAGGCAGCGAGGAUCACCCAUAAACUUGUACAGUUAAUCAACAUGGCAGUAGAAAUAUUUAUAGAAACCGCGGACGAAAAAGAAGGCAUCGAGAAGUUUAAGUUGAAGAGAAAAUUUUGGAAAUGCGUCAAAUUGUCAAAGAACUUUUAA